AGGUCGACAACGAGUGGUGGCUCUUUGUGGACACCGCAAAAGGAUGGCUCGCCGCAGAAGCCAACCAGACCGCAGGUUGCCGAGCCGUUGCCUGCGGCUGUGGAGGAGCCCUUCAAACAGCUCGAGACUCGCGCAAUCAGUCAAGAUCAGCUUGUUGCGGAGGUGAAGGGCAUCUACGCCGGGCUGGUCAUGGUUGAGUCGAAAUGCAUAGAGGUUGAUAAUGCACAGUCCUCAGAGAAUGAUGCAAAGUUGAACAACGAACAAUGGCAAGCCCUUAUAGCUCUUCAUCGGACACUGCUCCAUGAGCAUCAUGACUUCUUUUUGGCCAGCCAGCAUCCAGCGGCGAGCCCGGCUCUGAAGCGACUUGCCACCAAAUAUGCCAUGCCCGCGCGUAUGUGGCGCCAUGGUAUUCAUUCAUUCCUCGAACUUCUCCGGCAUCGUCUGCCAGCCUCGCUCGAAUACAUGCUCACCUUCAUCUACUUGGCUUACUCAAUGAUGGCUCUCCUGUACGAGACCGUUCCUGCAUUCGAGGACACGUGGAUCGAAUGUCUGGGCGAUCUCUCUCGCUACAGGAUGGCGAUAGAGGACGAUGACAUUCGUGAUCGGGAGAUCUGGACAUCAGUCGCCCGCCACUGGUACUCCAGAGCAAGCGACAAGGCACCCCCGACCGGUCGCUUGUACCAUCACUUGGCCAUCCUGGCCAGACCAAACGCCCUGCAGCAACUCUUUUACUACGCAAAAUCACUUUGCGCGCCAGCACCUUUCCUUUCGGCGCGCGAGUCUAUCCUUACCUUAUUCGAUCCGCUGCUAAAGAGACCAAGGAAGGCUCUCAAGCUCGCGUCGAUCGAAGCAGAGUACGUCAAGUGUCAUGGGAUCUUGUUCACUGGACAGUCUCGGGACGAGCUCGAGUCUUCAACGAAUAGUUUCCUUGCUGCGCUGGACAACCAUAUCACCAAAAUCGGCAGGCGCUGGAUGGAGUUUGGCUAUUACACGGCUGUGGCCAACAGCUGUGCCAUCAUGGGCUACGGGAAGGAGGACAAUUUUAUUGCGAAAGCUUUUCAGCAAAAGGCUGAACCCGCCGAAGCACAAAAGCUCAAACAGGAAGCUACGCCUCACGACACCGCAUCGGACCCAGACGUGCAGGAUGCUCUACGAUUGGCAAAUGGGACAGCAGGCGUUGUUCUGAAGCGGCGUGGGGACGACAGCGUCUUUCCGUUCUUCCACGUGUCCUUGGCGUUUCUCUAUCAUGCGGCUCAGUACAACAACGUUGUUGAUACGGUCGGAACAUCGUUCCCUUGGGAACUGGUCUGUGAGCUGCUCAAUUCGAUGCUUCUCUCAUACCGCACCCACGAGCGCCUCCAGAGCGAAGAGUUUCCUUUGCCUGCCGGCAGGGCGACUCCACGCCCCCUUCCCGAAGAUUUCGCCAUGAAGGGGCUGACGUGGACAACCAACUAUUACCCAGAUGACUUCUUCGCGGACGACAAGAUUGACGAUGAUGAGAAGUAUUUUGAAGUCGCGUCAAUGACUGAUGAGAGACGUGAGCGGAUCUUGUGGCUAGCGACUCGUCUCGCGAGAGGCCAACAUUGGCUUGCCGUCAAC